AUGUCGCCCGGGACGUCCGCGGCGCCGUCCACGGAGGCGUCCACGCGGCACCGCGAGAACGACAGCCCGUCGUACAGCUCCGUGCUCGAGCCGCGCUCGCCCGCCGUGGCCGGCGACGCGACGGCGGAGGCGCGCAGCCUCCGCGCGAGCUCGAACCGCGCGAGCCUGCGCGAGCUCGGCCGCCGCAUGACGCGCGACCGCCUCUCGAAACUCGGCGGAAACACCCCGACGCCGGGCACCACGCCCGCUGGCACGCCGGGGCCGUCGGAGCCCGCGCGCGCGGCCUCGCAGCCCACCACGCCGCAGCUCGCGCACCCGACCAGCCCGCCGGCCGCCAAGCCCGCCCCGGCGGCCCGGCCCGUGCCGGAGGCCGCGACUCCCCUCGCCAAGGCCAUCGAGCAAGACCCCAACCUGUUCGACGCCGCGAAGGAGGCCCGGCGCGCGGCGCGGCCGCAGAGCGCGCGCGGCGGGCGCGGGGGCGCCCGCACGGCGGCGGGCGGUCCGCCGCGCGGGCGCAUCAUCAACGACAAGACGGACUGGAGCAAGGUGCAGUCCCGCACGAAGACGCGCCUCGACGACCGGUACAUCCCGAAGAAGAAGGCCGGAGGCGGCGGGGAGGGCGGGGAGUACGUGGCCCCGCGGCCCGUGUGGGGCGCGGCGAACCGGGACUACUACACCAUCCCGCGCAAGGAGGGCGGGCACUACAACGUGCUGCAGGGCACGGGCCACGCGCCCAAGCAGCAGGCCAAGGACGAGGAGAAGAAGGUGUUCUACUUCGAGGACCUCCAGGAGGAGCCGCCCGUGCCGCGCAAACGCAACUCCCUCAAACGCGGCGGCAGCGGGCGCGGCUUCGGGCAGUCCUCGUCCGGCGGCCGCCCCCGCCCCGCGAGCGCGGCCCCCGCCGCGCGCCCGGCCAACGCCCCCCCCGAGGCCCCCUACCGCGUCAUGCUCUCGCACGGCCGCGAGUCCCGCGAAGAGGGCGGCCACGUGGUGCCCGUGCGCGCCACGACGUCGCUGCGCAACAUGAACGCCCCCGCUCCGUCGCCCGGCCCCGCGGACACGUUCACCCCGGACGGCCGGCCGAUGCGGCACUCUUCGUUGAAGGCCAUCGAGAUGGAGCAGCAGGCGCUGGCCGCCGCGGGGAUAUCGUCGCCGAGGAGCCCGGAGCAGGAGCAGGCGCUGGUGAGCCCGCAGCGGUCGUCGCUCGGGGCGCGGACGGACGUGUCGCGGGGCGCUGCGACGCCGUACAAGCGGCAGGGCAGCGCGGCGACGUCGCAUGGGCGCACGCCGCGGUCGCCGGGGCCGCUCGGGGACUUGCUGGACGACGUGGACGAUCUGCUGACGAACCUGCACGGCGACAGACGCGGUGCGUGA